AUGGCAGCAUUUGCUGACAAUCGAUUAUCAUUAGAAAACAACCAUCGUCUUUUAAAGAAUUUAAACACUGUAUUUUGUCAUUAUCAAUUAGCUGCAGUAAAAUUACUCUAUGCUUGGCGUGAUAAAAUAGCUCGAGAAGAAGAUGAAUCAGCGAGUUAUGUUUUACCAGAUUUAAUGCUAAUUCAUAUAGCUGAAUUAAUGCCUAAAGAUAUUCAAGGUAUUCGAGCAAGUUGUAAACUAGUUCCAGAAUUAGUUGAAAAAAACCUCGAAGAAAUUCAUCGAUUAUUAAUACAAGCUAUUGAAAAACCAUUAUCGGAAUUAAAUGAUGGAGAAUCAAACUUAGAUGAAUCAUUACAAAAUAAGCGUUCUAUUUCAUCAUCGGAUACAAAUAUUCCAAUAGACUUAUCGUUAAAUAAUGAUAGUAAACGAGCAAAGCUCGUUUCAGAAAAAUAA